UCAGAGUUGAAGUUGAAGAAAGAACCAUGCAGGGUUCGAUGAAUCUUCUAGUGACACUUCUCGUACUCCUGGCUCCACAAGGAGUCUGGUUGCACAACAUCAUCAGGGAUAGUCGACUGUUGGCCAUAUUUAAUGGUACGGCCCCAGCAUUGGAUGUCCUAAUGCAUAUUGAAACGUCUGUGGGUAGAAGGAGUCCAGCAGGAGCAGCAACAGCAGCUGAUGAUUCAUUGCCAACUAACGAUCUGGAGACCAUAAUACGUUCCGAGGUGGCUGGCGAUUGGCAACGUGGGCAAUUGAUUUUGUCCUUAACUAAUCGGGCUAAAACUGAUGAACUAAAGCUAGCCAUCUACGAGGCAUUGUGGCAAGAAUUGCAGCAAACUAAACAAAUCUAUAAUCCUUUGAGAAUUCUAGAUUUUUACACCCAACUAAAGGAUCAUAACGAUGUGCCAUCGAAUUUGCUUGAUACGGUCUAUUCGACAUUCAUUGAGCGUAGCACACAAUUAUUGGCGGCACCUUUUCAUACAUCCAGUCGUACGGCGAAUUUUCCUUUAGUUGAUAACUUGCUACAACGUUUGACAUUUAGUAAAUUGGAUUAUCUACGCGAUAUCUUUGAUCUACUCUACGAUAUCGUUUUGGCAUUGGAAUCUCCCGAAAGUGUGGCUCAGCGUUUGGGUAAUUUUACAGCAAAUCUAACACAAUUGACUUUGGCCAAUUUGCAAUUGCUUAAGAGGCCAGAGAUAGCAAAUGCAACAGAUGCCAAGAAAUGUAUACAGGAUAAUAUUCAAAAAUUGCUGGAAGAAACGAAUUUCGAGACCAAAGUCGAAAUAUCAUUGCGUCAGGAGCUCUAUCAACAUAUUUCGGAAGAUGAGCGCAUUUUCUAUAGCUCUCAAAAGAUAUGUCUACGGAAUGUGACGCAACCAAAUUCAUAUAUAUAUGAAUGUCCGACAACUUAUUUGAUCUGCAGCAGUAAUGCCAGUGAUCCCAAGAGGGCAGCAUAUAGCAUACAGCGAAGUAUUCAAAAUAAUUCAGCCGGUUUGCAAUUUGCCUUUUUUAAUGCAUUUUGGAACAAUCGUUAUAUAGUAAUGGAAUCAGUUCCAGUAACCGCUGUAGCCCAGAAUUUAAAUACUACUUCCUUGGCCACACAGCGCGAUGUCAUUUUUAAGAACGUCUAUAGCAAGAGCAACAUUUAUUGGUGGCAUGUGGUCUUUGAAAAUGAUGGUGUGGUUCUAUAUGAUUCCUCGAAUCGUACUUCGGUUCUAUGUGGCGGUGAUCCAUCACAUUGGGAUGGUAUUGAGCAUCAUGUUUAUACCAGAAAUGGGACCGAUUAUCAAAGAUAUCGCAAUGAGUGCACUUGGAAAGUGGAGAAUUGCAGUGAUACAGCAUAGAUAAACUAUAUUUAAAUGAAAAUAAAACUUAAACUUAUAUUAUGAAGCAUUUGAAAA